UUGGCUGCACGUGUUGACAUGUGGCUCCGCCGAUUUUUCCCUUUUUUUCGCAUUUAUUCUUUUUUUCGCUAAUUCUCUCACCGUUACUUCUUCUCUGAGUUUUCCACGACCGGCCUGCCCUCCCACGCAUAAACCCUCAACGGAAUCUCGUCGGAACUCGGAUCUGCCUCGCCGGAAUCUUCUUCGGAUUUACGGCUUUCUCUUUAGUCGAAAGAAAUGUAUAGUAACUUGGGAGCCCAGCCUGGUGUAACAAGACCACCAACAAAUUCUCAGCCAAAUCCAUUUGGUAAUGCAUUUUAUGGUGCUGGUUCUGGUCUUAUCCGAGGUGGUCUGGGUGCAUAUGGAGAGAAAAUUUUGGGAUCAAGUUCUGAGUAUGUGCAAAGCAAUGUAAGUAGCAUGAUAAGUAGGUACUUCUCUGAUCCCCAAUACUACUUUCAAGUUAAUGAUCAGUAUGUUAGAAACAAAUUGAAGAUUGUUGUAUUGCCAUUCCUGCACAGGGGCCAUUGGACAAGAAUAACUGAGCCAGUAGGUGGCAGGCUUUCCUAUAAGCCCCCAAUUUAUGACAUAAAUGCACCAGACUUGUACAUCCCAUUUAUGGCAUUUGGUACCUAUGUUGUGCUUGCUGGAUUGUUACUUGGCCUUCAAGGAAAGUUUAGCCCUGAAGCACUUAACUGGCUGUUUGUUAAGGGAUUGUUUGGCUGGUUUCUGCAAGUCAUGCUACUGAAAGUAACAUUACUAUCAUUGGGUAGUGGUGAGGCGCCUUUACUCGACAUUCUGGCAUAUGCUGGGUAUACUUUCACGGGAAUGUGUUUGGCUGUCCUCGGAAAGAUCAUAUGGAGAUACUCAUACUACUUUUUGAUGCCGUGGACAUGCUUAUGCAUGGGAGUCUUCUUGGUGAAAACAAUGAAAAGAGUCCUCUUCGCAGAGAUGGAUAGAAUGACGUCUCCCUAGAAUAUAUUCGCUGCUCUUUCACUAUUUGUCAAUUGCCAUCAAUCUCACUAAUGCAACCUAAAGCUAGCCUCUGACCUCCCCGGCAAAGGGGGAUGUUUAUUGGGCACAUCAGGCAAUUAUUUGCAAGGCUGCCUCUGAUCCUCACCAUGCUGCUAUUGAACUGGGGUGGAAGACGACCUGAUAGGAAGUUAUCAUCUAAAAACAAUAUUCUCCAUGGUCUCCCCAAUCUCAGUCCAUAUGCCAUCGGUAUUCGACCUGUCAAUCCAUUGUAUGCUAGAUUAAUUACUGCUAACCUCUCAAAGUU